UUGAAGUACUCGUAGUUGUGAGCACGUUGCUUUGCGGACAGAUUUAGAUUAAACCGACUGAGCAAAAUUCACUUAAAUAAUAAAACAUUUAUUUCGUAAUGCGGAGACUACACGCAAAUGCGAUAAGCCCACCAAAACAAUCUUAUCGGUCGCCGAAACUAUGCUUGCGAAUGAGAAUAAGAAUGAGAAAGAGGCAGAGAAAGGGACCAGAGAACAGAGACUAGAGACCGCAGCUAUUUCGUAUGCGAAUCGGAUUGGAUUGUGAGUAUUUUCAGCUCUUCCAGUCUUCAGUCUUAAUUGAAUCUCAACCCGAGCAGAGUGAGAGCGCACAUUGUGUUUAGCUGAAUGCCAUGGAUUUUGAUAAAAUAUUGGUGAAGUGCGGGGAUGCAGGUCGCUAUCAAUGUUUAAUGUUGCUGCUGCUCGGCUAUAUUGCCUUUACCAGCACUGUGCAUUAUUAUUCGCAGAAUAUAAUUGGUUUUGUGCCCCAACAUUGGUGCUAUCACGAGCAGUUGGCCAAUCGCAGUCAUGAGGAAAUUGCCGCCAUUUAUGCGCCUUUUGGCAAGCAAGCUUCCUGCACGAGGUUGGAAAAGAUUGAGUUCCUCGAGGAAGGUUAUAAUGUCAGCCUUAGCAGCAAAGCCUGUGAUCGUUGGAUAUAUAAAUAUGACUACGGAUUUCGUAGCAUGAAUGUGGAGCUGAAUUGGGUGUGUGAUGAUGCUUAUAAGGCGCGUAUUGGACAAUCUCUGUUCUUUCUGGGCUCACUUGUGGGCACCUUCUCCUUUGGCAUGCUGGGCGAUCGAAUUGGCCGAGUACGCGCUGUUAUUCUGGCCAAUCAGUGCGGCUUUGUGGGUGACUUUCUUACCACCUAUGCCACCAAUUUGGCACAGUUUAGCGCCUUUCGCUGCAUCUCCGGCUUGGCUGCAACUGCCAACUAUUAUCUUAUGUUUAUUCUGGUGCUCGAGUACCUGGCGCCAAAGUUGAGGAACUUAGCUAUCAGCGGCACGCUGGGAUUCUGCUUUUGUCUGGGUGGUUUGGUGGCACCUUGGCUAUCGGUUUUAGCCGGCAACUGGCGCAUUUAUCUGACAUUUUCGGCAUUGCUGCAGUUGAUUGUGGCUUUGUUUUAUUUCGUGGUGCAGGAGAGCGCUCAGUGGCUGAUAACGCGCAACAAUGUGGAGGGCGCCAUUGCCAGAUUGAAGCACAUUGCCCACUUCAAUGGCCGCCAAGUGCCUCAGGCCGAUUUUGAAGCCUUUCGACAGCAUUGUCUUGCCAAGGCCAAAAUGGAUAAUCAUCAGCAGAAAGCCAAACUUUUCGAUCUGCUUCGCACACCUCAUUUACGCAAAACUUCACUCAUUGUGAUUUUUAUCUUCAUGAUGACAUCCUUGAGCUUCAACACCAUCACCCGCAAUGUGGAGGGUCUGGGACUAUCGCCAUUUGUGGUAUUCUCGCUAUUUGCUGUGGUGGUGCCACCGUCUGGCAUUCUACAGGGUCUGUUGCAGAGUCGACUGGGAAGAAAGGCAACCAGCUUUCUGGCCUUGCUGAGCACGGGUUUGUUGUCCUGUGCUCUGGGUGUAACACUCUCCAAUGAGGCUGCUCAGAACAAUGCCACAUUGCUGUUGGCCUUUGCAUUGCCCACACGUCUUGGCAUCUCGAUGUGCUACACUUUAACCUCGCAGUACACCUCUGAGCUGUUGCCCACCUGUGUGAGAUCUCGUGGCAUGGCAGCUGCUCACCUGGCGGCAGCGGCAGCUUCCUGCACCUCACCUUACCUCAUACACUUGGGCACGAAAUUUGCGGCAGGUCCGCCAAUGAUUCUGACCGCACUUCUAUUGAGUGCCGCAUGUUGCACGCUUCUGCUGCCGGAAACGAACAACAGGCAAUUGCCCAUUACACUGGAGGAUGGUGAGACCUUUGGCAAGGGCGAGUCUUUGUUGUCCUUCGAUUGCUGGCGACGCCACAAGGAUGAUGAUGUGCUUAAACAGCCCUCGGAGGAGCUUAAGCUAAAUGUCCUUAAUGGAGUACGUGAUGCGGAAACGGAAGCGGAUGUGUAGGCGGAACCCGAAAAUCGCCCAAUGUCCUGUACUAAAAAAUGUAAGAGAAUCAGAGGCAGAAAACAAAGACAGUUUGGUUCCGAAAGUUGUCAGUAGAUGCGAAAUUUGCUUUUAUUUGAUUGAUUUUUUGGGUCACAGUAUUCAACGUAAUUAUAAUUUAGGUGUGUGUUUUUCCAUUUUCAUUAUCAAUAUAUAAGUAAUGUAUGUAUGUAUGUGUAAACUUUGUUAUCUUGUAGUAAUUGCUUACAUAUAAGUAAAGUGUACAUAGAUAUGUACGAGUGUACUCAUUAAAGGGUAUGUAAACGUUUGCAUUUAACUUUA